AUGGAGGACUUUGGUUUCAAAUUGGUAUCUGCAGAAGGAGCAGGAGCCCUCUUUAAGCUUGUCUUGUGUGCAUGCAUGUGCACGUACAUGCAGGAGGAAGAAGAGGAAGGAGAGUGGGCUGAAGCACUGAUGGGAAUUGUGGUGCUUGGAUUAAACAGAUCUCAUGCCAAGAAUGCACUUAGCAAAAAUCUUUUAAAAAUGAUGUCAAAAGCUGUGGAUGCUUUGAAAUCUGAUAAGAAAGUACGAACUGUUAUAUUCCGGAGUGAAGUCCCGGGGAUAUUCUGUGCUGGUGCUGACCUUAAAGAAAGAGCAAAAAUGCACUCAAGUGAAGUUAGCUCUUUUGUCUCAAAAACAAGAGCAACUAUUAAUGAAAUGGCUAAUCUGCCUGUGCCUACUAUUGCUGCAAUAGAUGGAGCUGCGUUAGGUGGUGGCCUAGAACUUGCAUUAGCCUGUGACAUAAGAGUGGCAGCCUCUUCUGCUAAAAUGGGUCUAGUUGAAACAAAGUUGGCAAUCAUUCCAGGUGCAGGGGGGACACAGAGAUUACCUCGCACAAUUGGAGUGUCUUUGGCAAAAGAACUAAUCUUCUCUGCGCGUAUUGUAGAUGGUGAGGAAGCAAAAUCAAUAGGAUUGAUUAGCCAUGUGGUAGAACAGAAUGAAGCAGGGGAUGCUGCAUACAGAAGAGCAUUAGCUCUGGCAAAAGAAUUUUUACCUCAGGGACCAGUAGCAAUGAGAGUUGCAAAACUGGCCAUCAACCAGGGAAUGGAGGUCGACUUAGUAACAGGUUUAGCAAUUGAAGAAGCUUGUUACGCUCAGACUAUUCCAACAAAAGAUAGAAUUGAAGGUCUUCUUGCAUUUAAGGAGAAGAGGCCUCCUCGCUACAAGGGAGAAUAAAAGAAGCUAAUGCCUUUAAAAUACAGUGGGAUAAAAGUACUGCUGUGAGGACCAUUAAGGUGCAUUUGCAUCUGCACUUGGAAUAUCACAACCACCAAAGUAAAAUCCAACCAUCCUGAUGUUACAACGUAUAUGAAUGUGUCCAUACAUGUACUGGGCCCAGAUAGAAAUGUGUGCCAGCUCAUGCUCAUUACCAUUUCUGAAGGUUGAUAUGUGUAUUUGCAAGGUCAUGGUUUCAUGCAGCAUUUUUAAAAUUUCAUAUGUACAAAACUUAUCAUUCCACAAUUGAAAUAGCUCUGUGAAUUCUUUAUAUAGACAAAACCUGUAUGUGAUGUUAAGUAUAAAUCUGCUGUAUCAUUUUAUCAAAACAAAAGCGACUACUGAACACCAAAAAUAAGAAAUUGUACCAAAUAUGCGUUAAAAUGAUUCUGUAUGUCAGUAAAAGUUAUAUUUGCAUAUUCUACCUGAAUAUGUACAUUAUUAAUAAAGCUAAGGGAAAUGAAAAGGAUU